AAUGAAUGAAAUUGUACAGUAUUGUGAUAUUAGAGGGGCUGCAGUGUUCCUGCUUAAUACCCAGCAGCACCAUGAACACAGCCCUGCACAACCCCCUCAAAUCGCUGGGAGAAGAUUUCUACCGGGAGGCGAUAGAGCAUUGCCGGAGUUAUAACGCCCGCCUGUGUGCAGAGAGGAGCAUGCGACUUCCUUUCCUGGACUCCCAGACCGGCGUGGCACAGAACAACUGUUAUAUAUGGAUGGAAAAGACACACAGGGGGCCAGGCUUGUCGCCGGGACAGAUCUACACCUAUCCUGCUCGAUGCUGGAGGAAGAAGAGGCGGUUGGACAUAUUAGAGGACCCUCGUCUGAGGCCCUGUGAGUUCAAACUUGAUUAUGAAGUGCCUAUGAAGAAGGAGAGCAGCUUGCCGGAGGGGCCAGUCCUAGAAGCCUUAUUGUGUGCAGAGACUGUGGACAAGAAGCUGGAACUGAAAGAGGAGGAGAUAGUCAGCGACUGUCAGAAAACACAAGUUGGAGACGUGCCACACGAACUAGAGGCCGAUGACCUGGAAGACGAUACCCCAAAACGCAAGAACCGAGCCAAAGGAAAGGCCUGUGGAAUUGGUGGCUUGAAGAAGAGACAGGAUGCUUCCGCCUUAGAAGAUAGAGACAAACCUUAUGUGUGUGACAUUUGUGGCAAGAGAUACAAGAACCGGCCUGGUCUCAGCUACCAUUACACCCACACUCACUUGGCCGAGGAAGAGGGUGAGGAGAAUGCAGAGAGAUAUCUUAUCCCUUUCCACAGGAAAAAUAACCACAAACACUUCUACAGAGAGCUGAACUGGGUGCCUGAGAUGCAGCCUCGACAUACAGUUAAGAAGGCCCCUGACGGCUCGGUCAUUGCCAAUGGCUAUUGCGAUUUCUGUCUAGGAGGAGCCAAGAAGACGGGUUGUCCAGAGGACCUCAUUUCCUGUGCAGACUGUGGACGUUCUGGUCACCCCUCAUGUCUACAAUUCACCGUCAACAUGACAGCUGCUGUUAGGACUUAUCGCUGGCAAUGUAUUGAAUGCAAGUCCUGUAUCCUUUGUGGCACUUCAGAAAAUGAUGACCAGCUGCUUUUCUGUGAUGACUGCGACCGAGGGUAUCAUAUGUAUUGCCUGAGCCCCCCAAUGUCCGAGCCCCCAGAAGGAAGCUGGAGUUGUCAUUUGUGCCUGAGACAACUGAAGGAAAAAGCAUCGGCCUACAUCACACUGACCUAGAAGGACAAGCACCAAGAGGACAUAGAUCACUGACUCCCUCAGACUGGUCUUACCUAUUCCCAGAAUCCUCUGCUUCUCUCAUUUCCACACUGGGGUCCUCAACCCUCCUCAUUCGAGGGGUUUAAAGUAGUUUUAUUGGUUAAGCUGUGUGACAGUACUACAUUUUGCUCCUAUUUAUUUCUCUGGCAAUCUCCUCCAGGUUAGUGGUAUUGUGAUCUCUGCUAAACAUUUCUCAGUUUGACCUUUUAAUACAAGUAAUUUGCAAACUAAAGCCCAGAGAGAUUGAACACCAAGUUAUACAGGCUCACUCGCUAUGUCGUACAGAUGGGGCUAUGACAUACAUCUUCUCUUUGACAUUAGUAUCUAUUUUUUGUUGCUCUUUACAGCUGAUUUUAAUUUUUUUUAACAAAUUGUGGUUAAUUUCAAGCACUAUAUAUUCAUUUUGAUCUGACAUGGGAGAGAAUUGGGCAGAAUUUAUAAAUUGCCCCGCCUUUACUAUCUUUUCCCUGCCCUGGACUAAAACUACAAGGUGCCACAAAACACCUACCUGGGAUGGUAAGACAUUCCUGGCAGACCUCAGCUCCUAAUGGCCCGUACACACGAUCCGAAUAUCGUACGACAAAUCGCACAACUUUUUUCGCUUAAUAG